UAAUUUGUGCUAAUGAUGACUAUCUAAGGUUUAUGUAUGGUGGAAAAUUUAGGGGUUUUGAGGUAUAAUAUGUGAUGGUUGGUAAAUCUAAUUUUUCCAUUGCUAUUGGGUUUAUUUGGAGUUAGUUGAAGUUCUAAAUUUCUUGUCUUGGAGGAUAUUUUGAUUUUAUUUUCAUGGGUCUCUUAAUGAUGUAGUGUAAAUUUAUGGAAGCUAGUCAUAAUAUUGGAAAUGAUAUUAAAUGGGUUAACUUUAUAAAUUGGAGUUUAUGCCUUGAGAAUCAAUUUGUUGAGAAACUUUGGAAGUGGAAUGUGUUAUUGAUGAGGUUAAAUAUUAGGCUUGCCUAAUUAAGUGCUUAUUUGACAAUUCCUAAAUUGUAGCUAGAUACAAUUUUAAGCUUUAUGCUUAUUGUGUUAGGUUUGCUUGAUGUUGUUGAGGUUCUAGCUAAUCUCCUUUGGAGCUUGGAGAAUUAGGCUUUUGCAUUUGCGAGGAUCACCUUAAAGGAUAGUGGAUGAUGAUGAAGAGUCAAUAUCAAAGGAGAACGAAAGGAAGAAAACGAUAUAGACGAUUGUUAAAAGAAGUCUAAUUCAAGCAAAGCAUCAAGAGCAAAUUGAGUAACGUCAAAGUUGCGUGCAAAGGAAGAGAGUUAUUCAAUGAGUAGCGGGUGGGGAGAUAUGUUUGAGGCAGCAGCUUCUGGUUUAGGUUUGGCUGCAGCUUCUGCUGUGGGUACUGCAGCAGGGGAGGAGGCCUACAACUAUGGGAAAAAUAUUGUCAAUAACAUGAGGCGCAAACCUGAUAAUGAAGCUGAUAAUGAUCUAGAAGAUAACCAUAAAAGGUUAAAAGAGGAAGCAAAGAAGCUGUAUGCCAGAAGGGAUGAUAUAUUGGCUCAAACAAAGACAAAGCUAGUCAAUCAAGUAUGUGAAGCUUGGAUUUCUAGGGUCAUGAAGAGUGAAGAAGAGGUACGAGAACUAGAAAUCAAGUACAAUGAUGAAAAAAGUAAUAAAAAGAGACGGAGUCAGCAUGGGUCAAGCAAGUCACGCACAGAUCUUAGCAAAAUCAUGGCAGAGAAGUGUGAUGAACUGCAUAAUCUUUGGUUAGAGGAAAAGUCUAAGAUAGGAAUACUAGUUGAGAAAUUGCCAGAGCGGGUGAUAAUUAUGCAUGGACCCAAACCAGAAGACAAGCCAUUUCUCCACUCAACUGUUGAAGAAAUACUGGGCCAUCUAAGAGAUAAGAAUGUAAAAAGAAUUGGACUUUGGGGAAUGCCAGGAAUUGGGAAAACAACCAUAAUGAAGAGCUUAAAUAACUAUGAAGAAAUUGCUAAAAUGUUUGAUAUUGUUAUUUGGGUAACCGUAUCAAAGGAUUUGAGUUUAGAAAAGUUGCUACACAAAAUUGCAGAUCGGUUAAAAUUGAAUAUGGAAGGCAUCACUGAGCCUGAAAUUGCACAACAAAUAUGGAGAGAGUUAAAAAGCAAAAGGUAUCUACUUCUUUUGGAUGAAGUUUGGGACUUUCUUGAUCUGUCUCUAAUAGGAAUGUAUGAAAGUGAAAUGGAUAGCAAGGUGGUAUUGGCAACUAGAUAUCUUCAUGUUUGUUCUGAUAUGGAUACUCAUUUGGAAUUAAAUGUGCCACGAUUGUCUGAAGCUGAUGCAUGGAAUAUGUUCAAGGUAAAGGUGGGUCGAAAUUUCAAUAUUCCAAAUGUUGAACCAAUAGCCAAGGAAGUUGUUAUUGAAUGUGCUGGUUUGCCACUCUUGAUAGACAAGGUAGCAAGUAAUUUUAGAAGAAGGGAUAACAUUCACCUAUGGAGGGAUGGAUUAAGAAGUUUGCGGAGAUGGCCUAGUAUCAAAAUCCAAGGCAUUGGUGAAUUGAUUGAGUGCUUGGAGUUUUGUUAUGAAAAUUUGAAAGAUGAGGUUCAAAAGGAUUGCUUUCUCUAUUGUGCAUUAUAUACUGAAGACUAUGAAAUUUAUACAGAUCCUCUAUUGGAAUGCUGGACAGUUGAAGGUUUCAUUCAUGAUGCAAGUGAGUUUAGAGUUGCACGUGGGAUAGGGCAUUCAAUAUUGAAGGAACUUAUCAGCGUGUCUUUGCUAGAGAAGAGUGAAAAGAUGAAUCAUGUGAGGAUGAACAAAGUAAUACGAACUAUGGCACUUAACAUUUCUUCUCGAAGAUGUAAUUUUAAUAUUUUGGUGAAACCCCAUGAAGGGUUGCAAGAGGCCCCCGAUGAGGUAGAAUGGCAAAAAGCAAAUCGAAUCUCCUUGAUGGAUAGUAAAUUGGGCACUUUGCCGAAAAUGCCAGAUUGCAAUAAGCUUUCCACACUGUUAUUACAGAGAAAUUGGGAACUAAAAGAGAUUCCUGAUUUAUUCUUUCGAUACAUGCAAAAUCUACGAGUUCUAGAUUUACAUGGCACUGGAAUUACGUUAUUACCACCUACUAUAUCCGUCUUGAAGUGUCUUAGAGCGCUAUAUUUGCAUUCUUGCAUCUCUUUAAUGAAUCUCCACUUAAAUGGACUUGAGCAUCUUGAGGUGCUUGAUAUUCGAGACACUGGGCUUAAUCAUUUUCCAAUUCAGAUUAGACAUUUGAUUCGGUUGAAGUGUUUACGUAUGUCAUUGUCGAAUUUUGGCAUUAGACAUACAAGUGAUGUAGAAUCUUGUCGAAAUGUCUUUUCAAGUCUUUAUUUAUUGGAAGAGCUACAAAUAAUUGUGGAUUCAAAUAAUCAAAGUUGGGAGCUAACUGUAAAGGCUAUUUCUGAGGGAGUGGCUACCUUGAUGCAUUUGACUUCACUUUCAAUUUGCUUCCCUACAGUGGAUUGUCUUAAGAGUUUUAUCUCAACGAGCCAAUUAUGGAAAGUUUGCUGCUUCACAUUUCAGUUUUCUGUUGGUUACCAUGACACAGCCCUUUAUAAAAUUCUUGGUUGCUUUGAAUAUCAAAAUAUGAAUUGUUUGAAAUUUGCAAAUGGUGAAGGUGUAGAUCCUAUCAUUUCAGAGGUACUUUUGAAAACUCAUGCAUUUGAAUUGAUUGGGCACAAGGGAGCUUCAAGACUAUCAGAUUUUGGUGUUGAUAGUAUCAACAAGAUGCGAGGUUGUUUGAUUGAAGGGUGCAAUGAAAUUGAAACGAUUGUUGAUGGCAAUAGCAUAACAGGAAGUGCAUUAAUAUGCUUGGAAAAGAUGCUCAUAAAUAAUGUUCCAAAUUUAAAAACCGUUUGGGAAGGUCCGGUACAUUAUGGAAGCCUAUCUCAGCUAACAACUUUAACGUUAUGCAACUGUUUGAACUUGAAGAUGAUUUCUCUAGUGGCAUGAUUAAAGAACUCUCUAAACUUCAACACUUAGAAGUUGAAGAGUGUCCUGAAAUUGAAGAGAUAAUUACAGAGUCUCAGAAUAUUAGGCUGGAACCUGACGUGCUUCCAAGAUUAAAGAUGCUAGUACUUUCUAAUCUUCCAAGAGU